GCGGUUUGCGGGAAGCGGCAUUAAAAUAACAGUUGAAUUCAAGAAUGUAAACAAGUUUGUUGAGUUAAUAGGAAAUUUUAUUUACUAUAAAAAAUGGAUCGCAGAAAAAUUAAAGCGCGGGGAUUGCACAGAAAAAUAAGUGUUCCAGAAACUCAGUCUUCCACAGCCUCAGGAGAUGACGUUGAUGCAUUUUCUGGUGGUUAUCAAUCACAAAAAUCACAGCGCACUUCAAAUACUGAAUUAUUAAGAGCAUCGCAACGAGCUUCUAAUACUGAAUUGCUGAGAAAACAAUCAAAUUUAGCUGCCCCAUCAACUUCAGGUACUGCUGACAAAAGACAUGAACCUGAAUCUGAUGAACUUGAUACUCUUGAUACUAUUGAAGAGUCUCCUGAUAGCUCGGCUAAAGAAAAUGAAGUACCGGAUAUGCUUGCUUCUCCUCGAGCAAAAAGACCCAGAGUUUUUGAAUCUCCGAGUCCAGUUAAAAAAGUUCCUGAAAAAGAAGCAAGAGAUCCUAGGAUCAACAGUCGCAGAUCUUUGGAAUCUGUCCAACGAAAACGUGCCCCGGAACCGACGACAAAUACUUUGAAUGAUUUUUUUAAUCACAUAGGAAUUGCCCUGAGUGAAAAUGAUACCCAUUAUAUUUUAGAAAAUGAUCCACUCAUUACUUCUAAAAAAAUCCAACAACUUUUACUCUCUGGUGACUUCUCCAAAGACACAAUUUUAAAAGAGUUUGAUGAUUAUUUAUCAGAAGAUCUUGGACAAUUGAACAGAUGUGUGAAUCCAACGACAAUAAAUACUUCCGAUGGACGUCAGACGGAUUCAUUUAAAAGCGUUUCUAUUAUUAAAAUUUUUUUACAAGUUCCAUCUAUACAAAGUAGUAUAUUAAAUAGUCUGCUGACUAAAUUAAAUGAGACUAUUGUUGCAGCUGAUUCACCGGACAGUGUCCCCUGGGCUUAUCAGUUACUACAGCAGCUACGGUUCCUUGAAAUAGUCAGCGAUCCCGAGGCAUUGACAUUGAAGCUUGAAGAAAUAUUGGAAACAAGUCCGAUAUGGUUUCAACGAGAGUUGAUAACAUUUAUACCGGAUAUUGUGACAGAUACUCAGCAUAAAGCUAUUGCAGAAAUUCUGUUCAAGUUAAUGGAAGUACAGCGCGAAUUGACAAAUGUUAUUCUUGAUUGCAUAAGUAAUUUAUCAUUGGGUAAAGAAUUUUUGGAGGAUUUACGAGAAACAAUGUUGACUUUAUUAAGUAGAGAUUGUCAUAUAGAUCAAAUAUCGGCGAUAAUCAAAUUUACUUUAGAUGAUUGUCCAACAGUUGAAGUUUGCCAAACAGUAUUACGUCACAUACGAGUACUUGAGUUGCAACCACUUGCUGGUGAAAAUACUGAAGAGUAUUAUUCAAAUCAAACAAUUAUUGUCAGUGCACUUAGAAUGAUAAUUGUGUUGAGUAAAGAAAUGGCAAACGCUUCAAUAAAUGUUGUGGGUUCAAUUAGUCCGGAUAAAACAGCAAAGCCAUUUGAUUUAAUUAUACUGCUGUUACUUUACGAAGGAACGAGUAAAAAAAAAAAAGCUGAGAGUAUACUUAAGCAGCACAUCAAGACAGCAUUUUAUCGUUCGAGUUUGCUUAAUGAAUUUUACUCUGGCUAUCAAGAAGUCGUUAAAGAUCUUCAGUCAGCGGCAUUAAAUAUGGCGAGUAAUUUAUUGAAAUCAGAAGACGGUGUUCUGAUUGAUUUUACCACCGAGUGGUUUCGUCAUCAGUUUUUAAUUCACGGCGAGUUAAUUCAUAAGCAACGGGAAAUUGUUGAAAAAUUGAUCGUACUGAUGGGCAAUAAUGAUCAUACUGCUAAAAAUGCUCUAGCAAUUUUGUGUAAAAUGACGACUAAUAGAGACGAACGCCGGUAUCUUCAAGCUCAUUGUCAUUAUUUGAGAAUUUUGUUGGAAAAAAUGGAGAAACUUGAUCUUCAAGAAGUUACGAUGCUAAAUGAUUUACUGCACGCACUCUGUGCUAGUUCUAAUGCUGUAACUGAUACCCUGCGCGAUGAUCUAUUUAUUUUACUACAAAAACACUUGUCGUGUCAUGACAGUAUAGUGAAAUCCAAAGGAGUUGCUGGCGGUGUUAUGGCUAUAAAACAUCUGGCAACUAGCGAAGAAAAUCAAAAUAUGGCUGUUGAUAUUUUUAAAAAAAUUUUAAAUGGUGUCAAAGAAUGUCCAAAAUCACGAGGAUUUUUCUACGAUACUCUUGGCAGUAUUAUUGCACAGACUGAUAACAUUAAGCAAGAAUUUUUAACCCAAAUUAUCACAUUAAUUGACAAUGAAUUCUUUGACGUUUAUGUGACAGACAGAUACAAUGGACCAUUGACACCCAGCUUUCGAUUGAAUGCUUCAAAUAGUUCGCAGCAACUUUUCAUUCAAUUUGGCCAAGGAAAGUACGAGGGAAUUGUUCCGGCAUUGCUGCGUCUUAUGAAAAUUUGCUAUCCACGUACUGAGAGUGAACGUUUGAAUAUCAGCGAGUUCUUAAGCUGCGCAGUAUUGAUGCCACCGGAUCUAGAUAUACCGGACUCACAGACAAUAGAUCUUAUGUUCCAUUGUAUUAAUUGGUUCAGAGAACUUAUUAAUGCAUGUGUAACACAGCGAAAUCCUCUUUUACAACGUCAAGUGUCUAAAAGACUUGCGAAUGUUAUGCAUCUCCAAGGUGAGCUGGCAACUUUGCUGUCAUUGGCUGAAACACGUUACCAAGCACCUCCCUGCUACUUUCAUUCAUUUCCUCUGCCGUCAUUUAAUAAAGUCGAAAAGAAAACCGGAAAGAAGGGUAAAAAAGGAGGUGAAGACAAAGAUAAAAGUGUCGCUGAGAAAUCUUUACCUGAAUGGGAAUCCUGGGAAAUGGGUUCACUGCUUAGCACUAAAAAUCCAAUGUAUUUUAGACGAUUAGACGCUGAAAUUCUUUAUUUACUUGAUGUAACUAUACCUGUCCAAAUGUCACAGGCAAAUGUUGAUAAUGUUUCUACUGGACAAGUUUGCUUUAUCAUCAAAGAGCUGCUGGCGACUUUUGAUGAAGAUAAUGUAACUGAAAAGUUUAUGACUGAUUUAAUUAGUCAGUUGCCAAAGAUUUGUAUUAAAUUAAAAGAUUUCGUUGAAAAGCUGAGAAUUCAAGAAAGUAGCCAGCAUAAGUAUGCAUUUAGACUUAUUCUUAUUCUUCUGACUACUAUUUUUAAUUGGAAGGGGUUUAAUAAUCCUGCUCAUUAUGAUUUGUUACGAGAGGGGCUGAGAAUUCUUGCUGGGCAGGUUGACGAAUCAAAUUUGAGCCUUCGUUCAUCCAAAGAACUAGUCGCUGAAGCUUACAAAUAUUUUGAAUCAUUAGCUGAUGUUGCUACACAAAUCUCAAUAGCUUCUGCACUUGUUGAUACUUGUAAAACUUUGAUGAAACAUUCAGGAACGUUUACUCGAGAAAAUAAAGAUAAACAAGCAAAAAUGGGGUAUGGAUUUUUAUGUUUGGAGUGGCCGAAUGAUCGUCAUUCUGGUCCAUUAUACAAAUCAUCAGUAGUGAGUUUGUUAAAAAAUUGGAUGGAAUACGAACCAAAUCCUCUAGAAACGGUAUCAUCAGUUUUAGAAUGGCUGCCGGAAGAAGUUAAAAAUUUAGAAAAACCUCAAGACAAAUUAUCACGACUGCCACCAAUUAUGCGAUCUAAUCUUCAUAAUUUAUAUCUAAAAAUCUACGAUGCACUUAUAAGAGGAACAAAAAUUGCACUUCAAUCUGCCGUCACAGAUGUUCAAAAACUGAGAGUCUGGAAAGAAGUAGCUCUCAAUCUAUCGCGAUUAGUUGCCAUCAGUAAGACAGUUUCUACCAAAAGUAUGCUAAUGGUUUAUCUAAGAUGUACACCAUCACUUCUUAAAAUAUUUAUUGAGACAGCAAUACCUACUUUUGAACACUGUUUACGUCAUCAAACUGAAGAAAUCACAGCAAUAAUAAAAAUGGUUCAGGGAGGUACUAGACACUUAAACGUCACCUGCUGUCAUAGUACUGAACAAAAAGAUAUUGCUUUAUCAAAGCUUGUACCCAAUGCCAAAACUGUUUUGGAAAAAUUAGUAUACUGUGUCAAAGGUAUGCUAGUACUCAAUAAUAGUAGUACAGCUUUCUGGAUGGGUAAUCUGCUUAAUAAAAAUUUAGAUGGGCAAGAAAUAUUAUCUCAGGCAUCGGUUUCAACUGAUGACAGACAAUCAUCAGUAAAUGAUUCCACGUCAAACGGUAACGUAAGUGAUGAUGACGUACUGUCAGAUAUCCUGGAUAAUGAUUUAGAUGAAGAAGAAGAUAACGAUAAUUCGAAUAUCGAUGAAUAGUAUUAAAGAAAAAUCAAAUUAUUACUCAGUUAUUAAUUAUAAAAUUUUACAUACAAAUAAUUAAAAAAAUUUUAGUAUAUUUUUUA